UUGAGAAUUCCUUAUUUAAGGUCUUUUGGAAGAGCUGGGGGGAGCUCCUUGGAACGAUUGUUGAAGACACCAAAGAAAUUGGCCGACACGAGUUUCUUAGACCUAUUCCUGGACCCUGAAGGGCGGCAAAACUUUUUGCAGUUCCUGCGAAGUGAAACGGCUCCAAGGCAAAGCAAGGGCAUUCCACCGUGUUUGAGGAUAGCUCUGCAGGGUGCAGAAGGGCCUGCUUUCACAGAUGUUUUAUGUACCAGCGUGGCAGCUGCAGGUGAGGAGUAUUACCUGCUGGCUUUGCAAGCCGAUCCUGAUCAGUUUAUAGCUCCACCUGAUGCUCAAGCUGACCAAGCUGACCCUCCCCCUGCUCGGCGGCCUGUUCAGCAAAAUCCUCAAGGGAUUCUUGGAUUCAAGGGCCAGCAAGUUCUAUCGAAGUCGCAGAAGCUUUCAAAGAGCUGGUGCAGGCCACCCUGUUAGUGAGCACGGAAAGCCCAGGCCUAUUUGUUGGCCCGAAGAAUCUCUGUAACCGUUGCGGAGGAGGAACCUGGAAAGCCAAGCCACUUCCACCUGCACCUGAGUGCCUUUGAUGUACUUGCGGCGCCCGGAGCAAGACCUGGUGGCAGGUGUGAAAAGGAAAGAACAUGGUGAAGAUCUUUGGCAGAUGCCAUCCAAGGAUUUGAAACUCAUAGAAGAUGAGCGCAUCUUCAUUGAAAGGCCGGAUUUGGAAGACGCCUGUCAUCGUGAAUCAGGUCGAAACUUGCCAUGCGUCAAAAGUAGGCUGAAAACAGGUGAGAUCCGCUUCGCUUGCUACCACUGCGUGUUGCAGUGGUCCAAUGGUGGCAGAUCGACUGGCAGACGAUCAGAUGCGUCUACUGGAAGAGACCCAUGGGCCAGGCGUGAUCCCUGGUCUGUACCACGGAGUCAAGCAGCUGAAGUUCGUGCGCCAGGUCUUGAAAGUGAAUUUCUUCAGUUCUUGCAGUGGCGUGCACAGGCCAGUGCUGUUGAUCAAGGGCUCUAUCAGGGACAUCAAGAAGGUUCCAACCGAGCUCUUUGGCAAGCAGCGCGAGAAGAGCAUGAACGUACCACUGCAGGGCCACCUCCUGAGUGGGAUGGCAUCUCCACGGAAUUCCGUGACUACAAGCUCAAGGCGAAGAUCUGGUUGCGUACUACGCGGACUCCAGCACAUGCCAGAGGACCGCUCUUGUUGAAAAACUUGUCCAAAGGACCCUGGGAGGAUUUGAAGUUUUUAGCUAGUGAUGAAGACUGGUUAACUGAUCCCACCAAUGGAACCAAGUUGUUAGAACUUAUGGACUCCAAAGAAUACUAUGGAGAAGAACAAAGGGAAUCAAUGUUGGCGGCAUGUUCUCGGUUGACCUUUCACCUGAAGCGCCAACGUGGUGAGUCAGCACGGCAGUUCAUGACACGAUGGGACACUGCUGAGCGGAAGGUUCGAGAGCACGAAGUUCGCCUUCCACAGGACUUUUUGGGCUUCCUGAUGGUGAAUGCGCUCCAGCUGGAUUCCGAACGGACCAAACUUCUCCUCAACUACACGAAGGGUUCUUUGAAGGUUUCUGAUGUUAAAGAGUGGCUCAGGAUUCAUGAGACAGAUCUAGAUCUCUCCACUUUGGGCAACGACAAGAAGAAGUCGGCAGCCUACUUUUUGGACCAGGAGAAUGCCAAGGAGAUCCAGCUCAUGGACAUUCCUGAAUCCGACGAGGACAUGGAGACUGAAUCCUCUGAGUUGCUCCUCACUGCCCUUGCGGACUUGGAGGAUUCCGACAACCUUGCGGAGUCCAAUGCGGUGACCUUGUCUGAGGCGGAGACCAAGGAGAUUCUUCUCACCAUGGUCAAGGACCACAAGGCUAAGAGUCGUUCCUAUGCAGGAGCAAUGAAGGCCAAGAAGAACAGAGACCUCGCCAGAGGUUUUGGAGCUGGUCGGGAUGGUAUCUUACGACCUGGAACCUAUGAAGUUUCCAUCUCAGAAUUGAAAAAGAGGACAAAGUGCAAUGCAUGCGGCCAGACGGGCCAUUGGGCUCGUGAAUGCCCUAGCAAAGGCAAGAAGCCAUCAGAGAGCUCCCAUGUCAAAGGCGAUGCCAUGAAGCCCAAGACCAAGGAGCUGAACUUUUUGCAGAACUCUGCAGGUUUGUCUGCCGAGAGUGAGUUUUUCUAUUUGGAGUCGAUGGGCUCGACCGAGCCUACGAACGCUCAGUCCAACUGCGGCUGGGAUGCUCCAGGAUUUUGUGAUGAGCAAGAUGACUCAGCCAUUUCAGAGCUUGUGACCGAGAGAGCAUAUAUGGUGUACAUGCACUUCAAGAUGCCCGGACCACGUGGUCUUUUGCUACGCCAGAUGGAGGAGAUGGCUGGAUUGCUGGAGCCCGGGCAGAUGGAUCAACUGGUCUUCCACACCGUCGGGAUGGUCCAGGGUGACCGACUUCGAUCCACCGCCGAGGACCCCACCAAGGAGUUCAAGUAUGAAGAGUCAGGAGUUCCACACCGACUACCCGUUCACUCCGGACCGUCGUCCAGCAACUAUGUGGGAGAUCCCGCCGGAUCUACAUCUGACUCGGGAUGCUCCGAAGUGCACAUGCGGCCUUCCAUGCCUUCUCUGGGUAUCCAAGACCGAGAAGAAUCACGAUCGUCCCAAGAUGCGGCAGCUCCACCGGUGGCACAACACAUGGAACCCGAGGAGAUGAACUACUACAUGAAACGACAUCAGGAGGUUUGCCAACACAAGAGAUUGAGUCGAGCGGGUACCAAUGCCUUUCUCCUGAAGGAGAUAUGCCGGGAUUGCGGCAAGGUGGUGACGGAGCAACCAAAACCACUCACUGCUCAGACCAAGAAAGAGGCCAGUCAACGGACCAGCAGCCCAUCUCGAUCUUCCACGACUUCAACGUCGUCAGUGGUGCCCAACAUGAUGCAGUACAUCCAGCCAGGCAGCUCGAGCAGCCGGCACCUGUCCCGGGAGGAGUAUCAGGACUUUCUCAACUGGCUGGCACAACGUUACCCAGCUGGACUGGUGAACGCCAUUUUGAUUGCGUAUGCCUCGUCAAUUGGGCUAGGACAUCAUCUUCUCUAUUUGGUUGAGGGGAAUGCGGUUUUCGAAAAGGAGAAGUCCCUUGAGAAUAACCUGAUUCUUUGCGGAGACCUAUGCCCUGAGGGACAGCUAUCUACGGCUUGCAGAAGCGCUGAUGGCAAUCCUCCUGAACUACCACGACCAGGUCUUCUUGCUGAAGUACACCCUCUUGAUGAACCUGAGGAGAAAGAAAAGUUUCCUGGCACCCAUCCAUUAUCCUUGGAAGCCUUGGUCAAACGAGCUCAUGAAGGACUUGGCCAUCCAGGAAAAGAUCGUUUCAUCCGGAUCCUUACCAAUAGCAAGGCUAGUCCAAAGGUUCUGGAGAUUGCCAAGAACCUGAAGUGCUCCGUUUGCGAGAAGUUCAAAUUGCCGAGACCAUCAAGGGCAGCAGCGCCCCCAAAAGAUAUUGGACUGAAUGAGAUCGUCGGAGUGGACACUAUCCAGCUCCGAGCUUCUUUCUCUGAGAAGACCAAGUACUGCAUCAACAUCAUUGACUAUAGCAGCCAUUUCCAGCUCAUUGUCCCGCUCACAGCUCACACUGCAGAGGCCACCCGAGCGGGAUACCGACUGUGGCUGAAGAUUUUUGGUCCGCCACGAAAACUUCUUUGUGAUCUUGGCCGGGAAUUCCAAAAACAGUUUGAAACUCUAGCAGAAGCUGACGGUUCUGAAUUGAUUCCAUCUUCCUUGGAGACACCAGAACAGAGAGGUUUUGUUGAACGACAUGGCCAGCUCUUCAAGGAAGUCUUCUACAAGACCAUUGAACAAACCAAGUGUUCUACUUGGGAUGAGUGGUAUCAAACUAUUGAUUUGGCCUGCAGCACCAAGAACCGCCUGCUCAGUCGCGGAGGCUUCUCUCCAGCCCAACGAGUUUUUGGCUUUCAACAAAGGAUUCCUGGAGGACUCAUGUCUGAAGGCGAGAGUGAUUUGGCGGUCCAGAGCUUGGCUGCGACUGGAGAUGUGAAUGUCAGUCGCUCAAUGAUGAUCCGAAAGGCAGCAGCUCAGUCCUUUCAUGAGGUGGAUUGUCAACAGGCAAUUCGAGCAGCAGCAACUCAUGGUCCUCGUCCUCACUAUGCCUACGAAACUGGACAAGCCGUCUACUUUUGGAGACGGGCUACUGAUGCCGCCAGAAAGCCGGCAAGUUACUUCUGGCAUGGUCCUGCCCGAGUUGUAGCAACUCAACUCCCGACAACAGUGUGGCUUUCUUACAACCACCACCUUGUCAAGGCAGCACCUGAGAAACUGAGACCAGCGUCUGAGGAGGAGUUCUUUUCUAUAUCAGGUUGGUUGGAAGGUAUCUCCAAUGCCAAGAUGCAAUUUGAGGCGAGCAAGGUGAAGGGGCUGAUUGAUCUAUCUCAAGAAAACGAUGAACUACCUCCGGCAGAACUUCAUGACUUCUGGCGGCAGGAGGGAAAUUUUUGGAUCAGAGUGCAUGUUCAACCUCGACGUGAACUAUUUCAUCCAGAAGAACGUGGCCAAGACCCUCCAGUACCGCCUUCACAUCUUCGACCAUGGAGAAGAUCAGUCAUGAACAUCACCGAUGGUGAUCAGGAGAUUCUUGAGGAUGACUGGACUUCAGGGAAUGGCAUCCCAGCCCAUCGUCAAGAGUGGACUGGAGAGACAUGGCUUGAAGAGAAAAUUGAUGAGCCAAGUCGAUUGGAACAGAAACGAGAAGCUGAUCCACUCGUACCACGGAGCCGACUUAGCAAGAAGUCUCGAGUGGAGCCCGAACAGAUGAUUCCUUUCUCUCAGGCGCCUAUGGCAACACCGGAAACAGCGCUUGAGACUCCAGAGCCAAUCCCUGUGAUGCCUGAAGCACCUCCGGGACUACCUGCUCCAGAUCCUCCACUUCCUGAAGUUCCUCUUCCGGAUCCUCCUGAAGUUGAACCUCAACAGGAGACGAGACCUCUAGAUGACAACCAUCAGCACCCUGAGGAGAGGAAACGUGAAUUUGUGGAGGUUGACCAGCCAGAUGCUGACUGGUCGUCAUUGCCAGUCAGCAAACGCAGUCGGCUAGAGCUCUUGGAGAUCUACUACCAGGAAAUCUCCAACAAAUCUGCUCAACGACAGAAGAAAGGGAAGGAGGCGACUCUUCGAGAUUUUCAGGGAAAAGAUCGAGAACGGUUGCUUCGGGCCAUCCACAAGGAGUUCAACAACAAUCUAGCCACUGGAGCAUAUGAAGUGUUGACACCACAGGAGUCAGCUCGCAUCAGGGCUUCAUCCCCUGAAAAGAUCAUGAAAUCUCGAUAUGUGCUUACAAAGAAACCUAUCGAGGACUGUGGCCUCGAAGAUGCAAUCUCAGCUGACGAGAUCUUAGACUCCUCAGAAAAGGAUCAACCUUGCAAAGCGAAGUGCCGUCAUGUGAUGCAGGGAUAUUCUGAGUCAGCUCUUUUAGAUCUUGAAACCAGCACACCACAAGUUCAUCGAGAUUCUGUGAUUUUUGCAGCGCAGAUUAUGGCCAGCAAACAUUGGACUCCAGGUUUUGCCGACUUCACCCAGGCGUUCCAUUCUGGAGAUCCAAUUGACCGAGAACUUUACGCAGAACAACCUGCUGAAGGCCUUCCAGGUGCCAGUAAGGGACAACUCCUGAAGUUGAAAAAGACAUGCUAUGGCCUAACAGAUGGCCCAUAUGCCUGGUUCAAGCACAUUGUCACUUUUCUGUGUGAACAACUUGGGUACCGUCAAUCUGUGGUCGAUCAAUGCUUGUUCUUUCUGGAUUCCGAACCAGAUGCAGAGGGCAAAUCUUCCAUUGAAGGCAUCAUCGCACUCGCCACAGAUGAUCUUUUUCAUGGAGGCUCCCAACGACAUUUUCAACUCAUGGAGAUUAUCCGAUCCAAGUAUAAGUUGGGAAAGUACACCUGGGGUCAAGGGCGUUUCGUUGGCAAAGACAUCCGACAGUUGGAGGAUUUUUCCAUUUUGGUGGAUCAACAGUUUUACACUGAGGCUCGAGUGGCACCAAUUCCUCUUCAGCGAGAACGAAAGCGACGUCGUUUUUCAGUUUGUAAUCCUGAAGAAACUGAGCAACUCAGAGCAUUGGUAGGAACUUUGUCUUGGCUCUCCAAGGAGACACGAUGUGAUUUAGCUGGCAAGACGGCACUCCUUCAGCAAGCGUUUCCAAGGCCAAUGAUCCGUGACAUCAUCACAGCAAAUCAAAUUGCACAGGAAGCACUGGAUCAUAAACACUUGGGAAUUAGAGCGAUGUCAAUCCCUCUUGACCGUCUUCAUGCUGGAGUUGUCACAGAUGCUUCAUGGGGAAACUCCAAAGAGUUUGGCACAUAUUUGGAAGCCGGUACUACAAAGGAUAGGUGGGAAGAAACUUCUACAUCAUGGAUCCGCCAUCAUGUAGAUCCUCGUAUCACGGCAUUCCAUCCAGCCGCUUGCCCGGAUGGACCAGAUCUUCAUGAUCUACGACCAGAACGAUCUACAGAAAUCCGAACUGGGUCCAGAUCUACGACCUUCCAAGAUGAUUGGACAACAAGCGAUAGUCUCCGAUCCAUGUCAUCGUCAACAUGGACCGGGACAACAACAUUCUACAAGCAAGACGAGGGCAAGUCUCUUGAUUCCAAGGCCAUCCAUGCAGGCUACGAUCAGCUGAACAAGCUCUUCAGCCAGGGUGGCGAGAUCGUGAUUUUCUAUGACCAGGACCUGCCGAAGUCCCAGACUCUACAGAAUGUCUCCCUUGCCUCGUGGAAGAGCUAUCGUUUGAAGAGAAGGACUGUGAACACACUCAGCUCCGAGACGCAGGCUCUUGUUCGAGGACUUAGUUCAGUUCAUUGGUAUCGUGUUUUGAUUUUAGAGGCCAAGGGUCUACAUCUUUCAGCUAGAGAAUGGCAUCGUGAAGUAGCUCAGCUACCAUUUAUUUGUGUAACUGACUCCAAAUCGUUGUACGACACUAUCUGUAAGUGUACCAACCCUGCCUCUCAGUGCGAAGACAAGAGAACAUCCAUUGAUAUUUCCUUGAUCAAGCAAGAGAUUGCCGAGCUCAAUGGCAACAUCCGAUGGAUUGAUGGCCGAACUAUGUUGGCAGAUAGUUUGACUAAGGAAUCAAAGGCUGAUCUCUUGCGUCAUGUCAUGAACACUGGCCAGUGGAGUAUUCUUGAAGAAGGCUCAGCAUUGCAGCGAAAGUUGCUUGAGCGUACCUCAAAACAUGAGGUUCUUUUCAUUUUCUGA